AUGCCGACGAGUUCAAAUCGAAUGCACGCCUCAGACUACGAAAGUGUUGAGAAGGCCAAGACAGAUCAGACACUCGAGCCAAAGGACCUCGCCGGAGCACCGAGAGAAUGCGAAGGCUCACACUACGGAACUCCUUCGCCCGCACUACAUGGAGAGUAUUUGGAUAGAAAUACCUUCCAGGCAUACGGCUUAAAUGCUUACGGUCCGGUCACACAGCACUUCGACGCUGAAGACCUUGCAGCACCGCCCACACGGGCGUCCUUCCCACCGAUUGGCGUAAGCUAUGCGCAUGACGUACCCUCUGGUCCCGGCUUCGGUUUGACAUGGAGUCAAGCCUCCCAGGCACUCGCCCUAUUUAAGGUGAAAAUGAUGCCCGAGUUCCCAUUCGUGGUGCUCGAACGGGACGUAUUCGCAGAGCAACUCUGCUAUGAGAGCCCAUUGCUCUUCCGCAGUAUUAUGCUUGCCGCUGCACCGGUCACCCUGGCCCAGCGAAAGGAAAUGAAAAGAAGUAUUAGUGCCUACAUCGGCCAACGCAUAAUAGUAUUGGAGGAGCGAGACCUGGAUCUUCUCCAGGGGUUAUUGGUAUUCAUUGCUUGGGGAAACCAUAGCUUUUACUUGGAUCGUUAUAUCACAAACCUCAUUUAUCUUGCCGUUGGACUCGCUCAUAAUCUUGGGAUCACACGCCUCCCACCGUCCUGCCAACAGAAGGUGAAGCAAGCUGUGGGUGCCGGCGAUGUAGAUGAGGCGAUGAGAGGGAGAGCCUUGACGACGGUUGCGGAAGAAUUCCACACGCUCGAAGAGAUGCGCGCCUUUCUGGGAUGCUAUUAUGUAUUAUCGGUCAAUUCAUCUCAGUUCUGUCGCCAGAACUCACUUCAAAACGAUUACAUGAAGUAUUGUCUGCAGUACGUUACGGAUUCUGGCGACUAUUGGCCAGACAGCUACCUUGUGCGGAUGAUCAGGCUACAGCAGGUUGUGGAUCGUAUUUCAGCAACGUUUCCGGCGGGUAGCGAGAGCGGUGUUCCUGUUCAGUCCUUGAUGAGGGGCAUCCAGCCCAUCCAUACACAGAUCAAUGAGAUCUGCGGUAAUAUUGAGCAAGGACAAGUGCAAAAUAUGACUUUCUGGAUGAAGUACAACUAUGUGCUGGUCCGACUAUAUGAGCCCGCAACGCGCCUCUCUACGACGGUCACUGGGCAAAAUGCACUGCACAGAUCCCAACAUCUUACCAGCUGUCUUCAAGCUGUUAAGUCUUUCUUCACCUUCCUGCUGUCGUCCACUCCAGCGGACCUCCUCUAUCGCCCAUUCACAUGUUCAGCCGAACUGAUCACUGUCACUGUCACGGCCUCGCGGCUACUGCUCCUCGACGUCGAUGGCUGGGAUCUAGAUGGGGCACGGCAGACUCUCGACCUGGUCUCUAUCAUGGACGAGCUUAUAGCAGCUUUCGAUAACGCCAGCCUUCUACAGAAGCGCCGGGCAGUAGAACCCAUCGAGGGUGGAUUUUUACCCAAGGACAAUCCGGAUGAUGAGAAGGAAGAUGUGUUCAUUAAGUAUGUGCACAAAAUCAAAUGGAUAAAAGUUUGGUUUCAGACCCAACUCGUGGCCCGAGGCCUGGUACCGCCCAGCGAGCCGGACGUUGUGCUUCCUGAUGUCUGGUCACUGGAUGAAAAUGCCGGAAAUCAAUUCUGGCUUGGCCUGGUGAACGGCAGUACUUGGGGUUCGUUUGAGUUCUGA